UUAUUAUUCACACCGCUGAGAUAAAAAAUUCCCUAUUAUUGUCACAAAUUAAGGAUCAUUAAUCUCAAUCUCAUCCUUAAUCCUAUAUAUAUACACAUACAAAUAUUUCAGAUCAAUACUUGCUCUUUCUCUCUCUCUCUCUCUCUCUUCUCUAUUUUUGUUCCAACAAAGAAAAAAGUUAAAUCCUUUUUGCGAUUUGGAACAAAGUCUUGUAAUGGUGGACUCACAGCCGUUUCUUCCGGGCUCUCCAACCCUUCCCACCUCGCACGAAGGCCGGCGGCGGCGGCGACCCAUCAAAGGGUUGGUGGCAGUGGUUUCUGGGUUGUUAAUGGUAGCUCUCUUGGCGACCAUUAUUGGUAGCAAAGAUCCACGUGGAUUCAUUCACCAUGGUGAUGAAGAAGAUCGAAACGUCGUCGGAUCGUUGUUUAAGUCGAAAGAUUCUAUACAGCCGGAGACAUUUCAACCCGCCUCCUCUCGUGGAGUAUCGGCCGGUGUAUCUGAGAAGACGAGCCAGCUAUUCUCCGGCGAAAACUCGGUGGCGUUUCCUUGGAAUAAUAGCAUGUUGUCGUGGCAGAGAACAGCUUUUCAUUUUCAGCCAGAGAAGAAUUGGAUGAACGAUCCAAAUGGUCCGUUAUACUACAAAGGAUGGUACCACUUGUUCUACCAAUACAACCCCAACGGUGCAGUGUGGGGAGACAUAGUAUGGGGCCAUGCAGUCUCCUCCGACUUGAUCCACUGGCUCCACCUCCCUCUAGCAAUGGAAGCCGACCAAUGGUACGACGCCAACGGCGUCUGGUCAGGCUCCGCCACCAUUCUCCCGGACGACCGUGUCGUCAUGCUGUACACCGGCUCCACCAACGAGUCAGUCCAAGUCCAAAACCUCGCAUACCCUGCUGAUCCAUCUGACCCGCUUCUCAUCAAGUGGGUCAAGUACUCCGGCAACCCUGUACUGGUCCCGCCACCCGGCAUCGACAAAAAGGACUUCCGUGACCCCACCACGGCUUGGUUGACAUCCGAAGGCAAGUGGAGGAUCAUAGUAGGGUCCAAGGUCAACAAGACUGGGAUCUCUUUGGUUUAUGACACUUUGGAUUUUAAGAGCUAUGAGCUGUUGGAUGGAGUGCUCCAUGGUGUGCCCGGAACUGGGAUGUGGGAGUGUGUGGACUUUUAUCCGGUGUCGACAUCUGGGGACCGUGGUUUGGAUACCUCGGCUAAUGGGGUUGGUGUUAGGCAUGUGGUGAAGGCCAGCCUUGAUGAUGACAGACAUGAUUACUAUGCCAUUGGUACUUAUGAUGAGAAGAGUGGUAAAUGGGUUCCUGAUAACAAUGAGAUUGAUGUUGGGAUUGGUAUUAGAUAUGAUUAUGGUAUUUUCUAUGCUUCCAAGUCUUUCUAUGACCAAAACAAGGGGAGGAGAGUGUUGUGGGGUUGGAUUGGUGAGUCUGACAGUGAACUUGCUGAUGUCAAGAAGGGAUGGGCUUCACUUCAGGGUAUUCCCAGAACAGUGGUGUUGGAUAAGAAGACAGGUACCAAUUUACUUCAAUGGCCAGUUGAGGAGAUUGAGAGCUUGCGAUUAAGCAGCAAAGAGUUCAACAAUGUUGAGCUCAAACCAGGGACAGUGGUGCCAAUUGAUGUAGGCACAGCCACACAGAUUGAUGUUGUAGCUGAGUUUGAGGUUGACAAGAAGGCCUUAGAACAAACAGCUAAAGCCAAUUACACAGAUUUUAGUUGCAGCAGCAGUGGUGGUGCUGGUCAACGUGGUGCUUUGGGGCCAUUUGGUAUUCUUGUUCUGGCAGAUGACAGCCGUUCAGAACAGACUCCUGUAUAUUUCUAUAUAGUCAAAGGCUCUGAUGGCAAUCUCAAGACUUUCUUCUGCAGUGAUCAUUUAAGGUCUUCUGUAGCAAAUGAUGUGAAAAAACAAAUCUUCGGUAGCUUUGUUCCGGUACUAAAAGAUGAAAAGCUCUCUGUUAGAAUUUUGGUUGAUCAUUCCAUAGUUGAAAGCUUUGCACAAGGAGGAAGAACAUGCAUCUCAUCUCGAGUUUACCCAACAAAGGCCAUCUAUGGCGCUGCUCGAAUUUUUGCAUUCAACAAUGCUACUGAGGCGAGUGUUAAAACUUCAAUGAAGAUAUGGCAGAUUAACUCUGCAUUCAUACGCCCCUUCCACCCUGAAAAGAAGAAGCAACAUAAUUUAUUAUAAGUUGCAACAAAUUCCAAACUCUCUCUGUCUUUGCCUAUUGUCAAACAGGAAGAGUAAUUUUUUUUUUCUUUCUUCAUCUUAAAUGGCACAUGGGAAAAUAUACAUGUGCAGUUUUAUUUUUGAUUAGGGUGUAAUUAGAUUACAUUUGCUAUUGAGUUAUAAAUGAAGCUGAUUUUUUUUGGCUC